CCGUAUACCCUACCCCGUUGUUUGGAUUCUACGUCAUAUGUAUGAGACGACUAAGCAAUAGCAAAACACAGUCACAACAACAUGGCCGAUCAGUGUUUCGUGAAUAUGGAUACUACCAUGGCAUACUCGGAGGGCUAACGUCGCCAAUCCUAAAGGAAUAUCUCUGGAAUUUUACGCGAAGGUGGUGAUAAAUAGGAAUAUUUGGUUGAUCAUGGGGCAGAAAGUCAGUUCUAGUCCCAGGACGGUGUACGGGGCCGCGGUUGGUGGGGCAGACUCGCCGGGUGGUUCGACAGCCAGUGGCGGGUACCUUUCAAUUGGUAGCUCCAAUGGACAUCACAAUGGAGCCCGUAUUUAUUCUAGUGCAUCCUCUUCGACAAAUGGACAAAGGAACCGCGCUCGGUCUUUAGGCAGCACGAGUACUCAUACAAAUGGACAAGCAAUGAAUAUACCUGGGGGGUCGGGACCAAGUAGAGGCCCCGAUUCGGACCCUAGUUCAUCAGAGAACAGUGCCCCCAGUUCAGGGUCAGGAGGUGGGGGCAGUGGAAGUGGCACCAGCUCUAGUGGUGCAAGUGGAUCAGGGGGAGGGGGAGGAAGGAGUAGGGGGAGAAGUUUCCCCUUUCACGCUCAGUCUCUACCUACACAUCUAUUUGCUCCGGCUUUAUUACAAGGUAUCAAAUGUCCAGUAUGUUCCAAGUUUGUCGGUGCCGAUAAUAUUGAGCUUCAUUUGCUUGCCUGCCUCACCAAACCCAGGAUUGUAUAUAAUGAAGAUGUACUAACGUUAGACUCAGGGGAAUGUGUAAUAUGCCUAGAAGAUAUGCUACAAGGGGAUACCAUAGCAAGACUGCCAUGCCUUUGUAUUUAUCACAAAAGUUGUAUCGACAAUUGGUUUGAGAGGAAUCGAUCGUGUCCGGAGCACCCGAACGACUAGGAGCAGAGUGUGUGUGUGAAUCUAAAGUAAAACUAUACUCAUCAACUCAUCUCGAGUCCAAUUGAGGCCUUUCGGAAUCAACCUUUGUCAUCUUCCAACUCCUUUUAAUAGAAGCAAACUAUGAGGGCGCUCUACAUCUAGUCUUUUACCUGAAACAUAGUACAUGUUGCAGAUUGCAAAGUGUAUUUAUAUAGAUGCUUACUCGAAUCAGCAAAGCCAUGAAGUUAUGACAUAAUUGUGGCAGGAUAUGUGCAAAUAUGAAGAUGUUUAUGCAUCUGAUUGUUUCAAUACGAAAUAGUUCGUGGAACUUUUCUGUGGCUAAGCAAACGAGACCAAGUGGAUGAUAUCGUCAUCAUGUUUAGUCCAUCAUCCUCUCGUUGCCAUGGUCACAUGCUUGGAGAUCUGGAGGAGCAGUAGUGAUAAAUGGGUGCUUUUAAGUGCAUAGAUGAGAGCCAAAAUGAUAAGAACAACCUGUAUAUAAUUCUGAUCCAUCAGAAUGAUGCACUAAAUGGAGAUAUACCUACCCGAGUGGUCAAAACAUCCUUCACAAAUCAUUUUCAGUAAAUAUGGAAUGCUUUUGUGUAGCCAAAAAUGCCAUAUGAAAGUCAAGCAGUUGAUAUUGUAUAUUUUUUUCCAAGAUGUGAUAGUACAGUGGAAUAGGAGUGUGAGUAUUGUGGAUAAGAGGUUGUUUUCAGAGGAAGGGAUGAGGAUAACAUCAUUGCCAUGGAAACACCCCUGUGUCUGGAUUUAAAUGGAUCUAAUCUGGAUCAAACAUGGACCAUAUCUGGAUCUAACCUGGAUCAAAUGUGGAUAAUGUGUCGUGGUGAAAGUUGAUUCUUGCAUGCGUGCCGUUGUGUGUUUCGUACUGGUUCUGGAAUCAAGGACGUACCCAUUUUAUCUUCAAGGAAUAUUUUACCAAGGAUACGAUAUAUGGCUUCUAUGGAGCUGAUAUCUCCAGAACCAACACCGUUAUAUCAAGUGUUACCAAGUGUAUUGGAAUAAGGUUCAUUCUGUAAUGACCUAUACCACUUUGUGCAGCUCACUUCAAGACUUGUACAUCACACGUGUCAAGAUAUCUGCCGAAACUUAGUACCAUCAUGAUUUUUCAUUGUCUUUGUAAAUGGAAUCAUUGUCGUCAAUUUUUAUAAUGCUGUGUAAUGCUUUGUUAAAAAGCAAUUAUUUUUCACCUUUAAGAUUUGUUUCUGAAUCAUGUGGACUGAGUAUUGUGUCCUAUUUGAGAAUAUGUAUCCCGGUAAUUGUUAUCUGAAGAAGAUGAUUAACAAUUAACAGGCAUCAUUGUCAUCUUGAAAAUACCAAUAUUGAUUGUUAAUAAAAAAAAUUGCACAGAAUUUCGGGGGGGGGGUGUGAUUUUUUAGACAAUUACUCAUUUUAUUUGUUCCUUUGUGCCUUUGUUAGCUGCAUCUUCUUCCUCAUUUUGAUUAAUUACAAAAUCUGCACUGCAUG